AUGCAGCGCAGACCUGCAGGUCUGAGGAACCGUGCGGGGCGACCGGGUGGGUCCGAAGGGAGUGGGAAGAAGCUGUCUUGGACCUGCUGUGCUGACCUAGGCUUGGAAGAGAAACUGCUCUCCUUCAGGGAUGUGGCCAUUGAGUUCUCUCCAGAAGAGAAGAAAUGCCUGGAGCCUGCUCAGUGGAGUCUGUACAGGGAUGUGAUGUUGGAGAAUUAUGGCAAUCUUGUGCUCCUAGGAAUAAACCCCUAUACAAGUAAAGAAUAUGGCAAGGCCUUUGAUGCGAAAUACUCCUUAAUUUUCUCUGGAGAGAAAUCCUGCAAGUGUGAAGAAUGUGAUAAGGACUUUAGUUGCAACUCAACACUUUAUACAUACUUGAAAAUUCAUACUGGAGAAAAAGCCCAGAAGUAUAAAGAAUAUAACAAAGCAUAUUUGUACCCGUCAUUGCUUAAGGAAUAUCAAAUGAUUUGUUCUGGAGAGAAAUUCUACUUGUGUGAAAAAUGUGGCAAAGUAUUCCAUUCUGAAGAGAACCUCUACAAAUGUAAGGACUGUGGCAAAGCAUUUUCCUGUCAUUUGUUGCUUAAGCGACAUCAAAUAAUUCAUUCUGGAGAGAAACCCUACAAGUGUGAAGAAUGUGGCAAAGCCCUUUACCUUCCUUCAUUACUUACGCAGCAUCAAAAUAUCCAUUCCAGAAAUAAACCCUACAUGUGUAAAGAAUGUGUCAAAGUAUUUUUUUAUACUUCGUUGCUUAAGCAACAUCAAAGAAUUCAUCCCAGAGAGAAACCCUACAAGUGUGAAGAAUGUGGCAAAGCCUUUUUCUCUUCUUCAUUGCUUAGAGAAAACUGAAGCAUUCAUUCCAGAAAGAAACACUGCAAGUGUGAAGAAUGUGGCAAAGCAUUUUAUUACUCUUCAUUGCUUAAUCAACAUAAAGUAAUUAAUACCGGAGAGAAACCCUACAAGUGUGAGAAAUGCCUCAAAGCUUUCCGUAGAUCAACAGGUCUUCAACAUCACCAACAAAUUCACACUGGACAGAAAUCACACAGGUGUGAAGAGUAUGGCAAGGCAUUUGCCCAUCCUUCAUACCUUAAAAGUCAUCAAAGGAUUCAUUCUGUAGAGAAACCCUACAAAUGUGAGAUGUGUGACAACUGUUUUUCCUGUUCCUCAUACCUUAAAAGUCAUCAAAUGACCCCUUCUGGAGAAUACCCGUACAAGUGUGGGGAAUGUGGCAAAGCCUUUAGCAACCCUGGAAUCCUUACUCCACACAAGGUAGUUCAUACUGCGGAAAACCCUGCAAAUGUGAACAGUGUGACAAAGUGUAUUAUUCCUCUACAGCCCUUAAGAAACAUCAAAGAAGCCGGAUGGUGGUGGCUCACACCUUAAAUACCAUUCACUCUCUGUGAAUUUGAGGCCAGUCUGGUCUACAGAGUUCCAGGACAGCCUCCAAAAAAGCUACAGAGAAACCCUGUCUCGAAAAACCAAAAUAAAAUAUUUUUUUUAAAAAAGAACCAUCAAAGAAUUCAUUCUGAAGAGAAGACUUGGAUCAUGUGGAAAUAGGCAAAGUGUUUGGAAAGACUGCCCUCAACGGAUGAAUGCAUAGUGGAGUGAAGCUGUGCACAUGCACAAGAGACGAGUGUGGAGAGUGCUGUGCCACUUGGUCUACACUGUGUGCCAUCGGUAACGUUCAGACCAGAGAGAAACAAUCCGAAUGUGAAGGGGAUGACAAGGCUGCCAAAGGUUUCCAUAAUUUACACAUCACAAAAGUAUUCAUACUGAGCACUACACCUAAAAGUAUUCAUACUGAGCACUACACCUACAAAGACAGGGAUUGUGUCAAUCUUUGCUCUUCAAUCUCAGCUAAUACCCACUUGAGAUAAACGACACAC